AUGCUUAUAUCUUUAGAGACUAUACAUCAGAAUAUCUCUGAGAUGUAUCCUGUCCUCUUGAAGUAUUGGUGUUCUCUCGCUCUUUUCAAAGCGUUGCAUCCGGUGUGGUAUGUUUUCCCUUGUGGAUUUAUAUUAUUCCCAUUGGGAUUAGUGGCACUAAACAAGGAAGCGUAUUCUAGGUUAAAGCAAUAUCAAAUGCAAAAGACAGAGCUAGACUCUAAGACUGUUGCAUCUCUAUUUUUUUCAAGAUGGAGCUGGCAUUGGAAUCAAGUGCCGGCCGUAAACACGGAGGCUUACAUAUUUGGAGACUUAUCGUUAAAGAUAGCCUCAAUAUUGGAAAAUCUCUCUCUGUUACCAGAAAUAAUGUCCCCAAUAUUUGACGGAUUAGAAUCACUGUCAAGGUUGAAUAAUUCUAAAUCAAAUAAAAGGAAGAACUCUCAAGAUAAGAACACAAAUGCAAAGCUUGAAGCUUCCUUUUAUCAAGAUUAUGAUCUAAUGGAAGAUAUAUUAUUUGAAUUUAAGACAGCAACCGCGAAAUAA